GAGCAGAGGAGCAGCAGAGGAGGAGCAGCAGAGGAGGACCAGAGGAGCAGAGGAGCAGCAGAGGAGCGCUCGCCUCUUUGCUCUGCUCGGCAUCAUGGUGACGGAGGACUCUCCAUCAGGUUUCACGUGGGAGGUGAGAGCAAACAGCCCCAACUACCACCGGGCCAGACAGAAGAAAUCUUUCCUGUGCUUCCAGUGGGGGAGAUACGCAGGCAACGCGGUGCACAGUCAUAAAUACUCCCCCCUGAGCUUCCUGCCCCUGACGCUGUUCGAGCAGUUCCACCGCGCCGCCAACCUCUACUUCCUCCUCAUGGUGGUGCUGCAGUGUGUCCCGCCCAUCUCCUCCAUCCCAUGGUACAUCACCAUGAUCCCGCUGCUCGUCGUCCUCUCUGUCAGGGCCUCCAAAGACCUCGCCAACGACAUGGCCAGAAGGCGCUGCGAUGCUGAGGUGAACUCUCGGCGCUGUGACGUCCUCCUCUCCCACAGAUUCGGAGCCACUCAGUGGAAAGACUUGUGUGUUGGAGACAUUCUCCGGAUCUGCAAAGACCAAGUCAUCCCGGCAGAUCUGCUGCUCCUCUGCAGCUCGGAGCCUCACAGUUUAUGUUACGUGGAGACGGCUGACAUUGACGGAGAGACCAACCUGAAGUUCCGGCAGGCUCUGGCCGCCACCCACAGCCACCUGGGCAGCUGUCCAUCAGAGGGCGCUCUGGCAGCUUUUGACGGUGUGGUGCAGUGUGAAGAACCCAACGACCGGCUGUACGUUUUUCGGGGUCACCUGCUGUGGCGGGGGGAGUGUCACCACCUGGAGAACGAGCACGUCCUCCUGAGGGGAACCGUCCUGCGAAACACAGACCGGGCUUACGGCCUGGUGGUGUACUCGGGCGGCGCUGACGGCGUUUUCUGUGUGGCAGGCGCAGACUCUAAGAUCAUGAGGAACUGCGGGAAGAUGAAGCUGAAGAGGGCGAGAACCGAGCAAGUCCUCAACAGGGUGGUCAUCGGGAUCGUCCUGUGUCUGCUGCUGGCGGCGCUGCUCCUCGCCGUUGGCAGCGGCGUGUUUUCAGGCGUGGUCAUGCGGGAGGCGGGACCUCUGUCAGCGCUGGUGUUUAACGGUGAUCCCGCCUACACGGCGUUCCUGGUCUACUGGAGCUACAUCAUCCUCCUGAGCCCCGCCAUGCCCAUUGCGCUCUACAUCACGUUUGAGGUGAUCCACAGCGUCCACAGCCGCUUCAUCGGCUGGGACCUGGAACUGUACUGGCAGCCGGGAGACAGGCCGGCGCAGGCCAGGAACACGUCGCUGAACGAGGAGCUGGGCCAGGUGGGAUACCUGCUGAGUGAUAAAACUGGGACGCUGACGCAGAACCGCCUGCUAUUCCGACAGUGCUGCAUCGCCGGGGAGAUCUACGGCGACGCCUCGGUCCGGGCAGAAGACGUGGAGCCCAUGGAUCUGAGCUGGAACCCCUUCUCCCGCGGAGGCCUGCACAUGUCUGCUCCCAGCCUGGUGGAGAAGCUGCGAGGACGGCGGUGUCCAGCCAGCAGGCGGUUCUUCCGGGCUCUGGCCCUGUGCCACACGGUCAUGGCGGAGUGGAAGGACGACUCCCCUGUGUACCAGGCCGCCUCUCCAGACGAGGAGGCGCUGGUGGGUGCAGCCAGGGAGCUGGGCUGGGUCUUCCUGCGCAGGAGCAGGGACUGCGUGGUGGUUUCGGAGCUGGGCGUGUCCCGGCAGUACCAACUGCUGGCGCUCCUGGACUUCAGCAGCAGGAGGCGGCGCAUGUCUGUGCUCGUGCGGGAGCCGGGGGGGGCGCUGAAGCUGUACUGCAAGGGGGCAGACAUCGUGAUCCUGGAGCGGCUUCAGAGGAACGCCGCUCACCUGGACAGGACGGAGCGAGCUCUGCAGGUGUUUUCUGUGGCCUGUCUGAGGACGCUGUGCGUUGCGGUUCGAUCCGUUCCUGAAGCAUUAUGGGAACAGUGGAGGGAAACUCUGGAUCUGGUGGCUGCCAUGGCGACCGCUGAGCGCGACGCGCAGCUGGAGCAGCUGUACGACGAGAUGGAGCGAGACCUGCAGCUCCUGGGGGUAACAGCGAUUGAGGACCGGCUCCAGGACGGCGUCCCCGAAACCAUCUGUCUCCUUCGGAGGGCUGGGAUUAAAGUAUGGGUGCUGACUGGAGACAAAAAAGAAACGGCCAUAAAUAUCGGAUACUCCUGUGAGCUGCUGGAUCCUGACGCCCGGCUGCUGGACUGGCAGGACGUCCGACAGAUGCUGCAGUCUCCAGACCCGCAGGUCGGCUUCCUGAAGGCGGGGCAGACGGCGCUGUGGGCCGCCGGCAGAGAGGACGCUCCAGCGCAGCUGUCACUGGUCCUGACCGGGCCUGAACUGGCGGAGUUUGAGCAGAGACCAGAGUGGGGCGGCCCCUUCAUGAGCCUGGCUCGCCAGUGUCAGGCGGUUCUGUGCUGCCGGGUGACGCCCGCUCAGAAAGCGGAAAUCGUGAAGUUGGUGCGGAAGCACACGAACGCCAUCACCAUGUCCAUCGGAGACGGCGCCAACGACGUGAACAUGAUCAAAACGGCUCACAUUGGCGUGGGAGUGGCGGGCGUGGAGGGGGGUCAGGCGGUGCAGAACGCAGACUUCGGCCUGUCUCAGUUCCGGUUCCUGCAGAGGCUGCUGCUGGUUCACGGCCGCUGGUCCUACCGCCGCAUUUCCUUCUUCCUGCGCUACUUCCUGUUUAAGACCUGCAGCUUUGCUCUGGUGCACGUUUGGUUUGGCUGCUUCAACGGCUUCAGCUCUCAGUCUCUGUACGAGACCUGGUUCAUCGCGCUCUACACGGUCCUCUACUCGGCUGCACCUGUCAUGUGCCUGGCUGUUUUUGAACAGGACGUGAGCGCAGAGGCCAGCCUGCGGCAGCCGGAGCUCUACGGCGGCGGCCAGCAGCAGCAGCUGUCUGGCCCCCGGCAGCUCGGUCUGUGUCUGCUGCACGCCGUCUACACCUCGCUGGUGUUCUUCUUCGUCCCGUUCGGAGUCUUUAACAACACGGCCUACGACUACCAGACCAUGGCCCUCACCGUUGCCAUGGCAGCCACCUUUACUGCCUCCGCUGAGAUUGUGCUCCUGACUAAAUACUGGACCAGGUUCAGCGUGGCCGCCGUCUGCGUCUCUGUGGGGAUGUUCUUCAUCUGCAGCCGGAUCACCCACAGCGGCCGGCUCUUCCAGAGGUCGCCCAGCGACUAUUACUUCCUAGGUGUGUCUGAGGUGGCCUUCGCCGAUCCUGUGGUGUGGCUGACAGCUCUGCUCGCCGCCUGGACGGCCGUUCUGCCCUCCUUCUCUGCUCACGCCUUCAGCGCCGUUCUCAUGGCUCCAGACCACCACAAGGUUCACAGCUCAGCCCCUCAGACCGCAGAGAUGAGCUCCACGUUCAGAAGAAGGUCGACUAUGCGGCGGUCCUCAUACGCUGUCUCUCAGGGGGAGGGGCCUGGCCGCAUUAUCACCUCAGCAGUCUCCACCCGAAACGCGAGGACGAGUAAACCGACUGAGGCGCCGAGUGCUGCCGGCCGAACGAUGCCUCAUGAACGUCAUCUUUAGGUGGAAAUGUCUGAAGGUUUUGCUCCUGGUGGAUUCACUGGAACUCCUCCUCCAUCUGACGGCGUUUUGGAGGGAAUCCUUAAACCACGUGUCAAGUCGAGAUCCCAGCCGUAGUCACCAAACACUACAUCAACUGUUUCUGCUGUUGACCUCGUUAAAUGAGGCUUUAUGACCAUUUAAAAUGAACUACAUGUCUGCUGCCCCUACAGGCUGAAACGAGGUAUUACGGCCCAGUUUUGUGAUUGGUCAAUUGAUGUAAGUCCCUCACCAUUUCAGAAGUUUCACGUCAUCAUGCUCUGGACGCCAGAAUAAAAGCCCCGCCCAUCUUUGAACCGUCGACACCAGAGUUGAAGCUCGCCACACGACCGUUGUCUCCUCGCGAUGCCGACGGCGUUGAAGGUCACUUCACGAUGCUGACGCCGAGAGCAGCGGAUAGAGGUCGCUCUGCCAGGAGACAGAGGUGUGUGGGGUGGGGGGGCUGCCUGGGUCUUCUGAACCUUUUGUUUAUGUAUAAAUAUAUACUUUAUUUUCAUGGAGACAAUAAUUAAAAGAUCCUUUAGUUACUUCAAGCUAACCUCACUGUCAAUCACAGAUCCAGACCACACCUCCCUCGCUCAGCUGCCUCCUCUAGCCCCGCCCCUUUUGUAAAUCUGGGCUGAGAGUGGAGCCAGCCCCCAGCCGUCCUGUUUGGUUACCUUUAGCAUGCAGCCUCCCGGCCAGGACUCCGUCUGGAUCUCAGAGCCAUUUUCCUGCUUAAAUAGUGCUAGAAAUAAACGUGGUGAAAAUCAUGUUGUUGCUUAGAAUAGAUGUGAAUUUUCAGCCAGGAGACGGUAAAACGCUCCUCUGUUACCAAACCAUAAACUUCUGUUGAAGAACCAAAUAAAACAUGCAAACUGCU